CAUUUUAGACUAUGGGGAAGUUUUGUUGUGUUGUUGGUUGCAGUCAACGCUCUGAAAGGGAUAAAAACACGAGAUUUUUCAAUGUCCCGAAAGUUAUACACCACCAGGGUGAACAAACAAAGGAUUUAUCAAAACGUAGACGGGAAAAAUGGUUGUCAAAUAUUAAUCGUGCUUCGGUUACCAGUGGGGACGUCAAAAAUCCAAUGGUUUGCUCACUUCAUUUCCACAAAGGGCAACCGGCCGGUGUAUACGAUAAAAUGCAUCCUGACUGGGCACCUACUGUUGCGAUGGGUCAAGGACAUUCAUCUACAACACACAGCAUAAAUGAUUGUUGCUUGGGAAGGUUUAAUCGCUGUAUCGAAAGAACUAAGAGAAAAUGCAUGGAUAACACAACAUCUACAGAUAACAUAACACAGCGAGGCAAUGAUGGAAUGGCUAUUAUUCCACCUGGAGAACAAUCUGAAAACUUGGAACGACAUAUUGAUCCAGCUAAGAACAGCGACGAAGACCAAGAGGAUGCGAGCAUACCUGCUUCCAAAUCAGUUGCAAGGGAAAUACAGACUGAUAUGACCAUAGUUGACAUUGAUCUACUUACAUACAGACCUACCCAGAAUUUAAGCCAAGAGAAUUUUGCAAGUGAAGCUUUUUUCCAAGUUGCGAAACUCCUUUACUAAAUUUCAACAGUUUUUGCUCACUCUAAUGCGACUUCGUUUGGAUUUAUCUGUUCAAGAACUUGCAUAUAGAUUUGGAGUACAUGCUUCAACAGUGUCAAGAGUUUUUCACAGUUGCAUCAAUGUUAUGUACUCUAGUAUGAACUUUUUGAUUUAUUGGCCAACAAGGCAGGAACUAAAUCUGACACUACCUAUGUGUUUUAGAGAAAAAUUCUCAUCUUGCUGCGUGAUACUCGACUGUUUUGAAGUAUUUAUUGAUCGACCUUCUGAUUUACUAGUCCGAGCACAAACAU